AUGCCUCCAGUCAGAAAUCGAAACCUCACCAACUCAACAGCCAACAAAACCAUCGCAGAACAAAUAAAUUCCGACUUCUAUGCCACCGAAUCAACACUCCGAGAACUACUCAAAUUCCUUCUCCGAGUUGAUCAUCACAAAUCCAUUAAGCUUCCAACAACGUUCAACCGGCAAAUUCUUCUCCACUAUCUUACGAGUCUUAUCAGACCGAGAGUGAACUUUUUAAACAUCACCGUUGUACGUACAAAACAAGUUAGUAAGAUGAACAUUAACGAGUUAGCACUGGCUAGUAUUCAAACUAGGGCCGAUCUUUUGGGGACCAAAAAAGGUUCGCCAGAAGAGAAAACUUUACUGCAAACACGUGCAAACCUUUACAACAAGUUGGAUAGAUUGCUGCAGAAACCUGUGCGAUCGAACCGGCCAACUGAGGUUAACUGGAUCCCUGAAACCUGGGUGGACGUGGGGUUUGGAGGAGUAGCUCAGGAUAUGCCCGACUUUGAUUAUGACGUUACUGUCGCCGAGAACAAUAGAGAGUGGGAGAGUGGAGCGCCUGGGUGGACGGCCGAGUCGUUUGAUGACGGCAGCUGGUUGAAACCAUCAGUACCGUACGAGAAUCUAAAACUGGAUUCCUUCAUGUUAAAGAAGCGAACGGCUCGCCAGCACUUGGCGUCAAAAUUCAUCGAAUAUCCGGAGCCUAUGAAUGGUAACGAAUCUGCCUGCUUUCGGCUCAAUGUCGGCAGAGCCAGGCGAUACUUUCAGCAAACACAGGCCUCAACAGAAAGGCCAACUACCCCAAAAGUCACUUAUAGAACGACAGAGGAAGUUUUGAUUUACUAUAAAGGUAAUCUUUCAAUGUUCAUCGAAGACGGCAACUACACCGACAGCCUGAACAACAGCAGUAGUAGAAGAAAAAAAAUAAAUAAAAAUAAUAAAAUUAAUAAUACAAAUAAUAAUAAUAAUAAUGGAAGUAUCUACGGUGCUAAUAAUAGUGGUGGUAGUGGUGAUGGUAAUUUUAGUAAUAGUGGUGGCAUCAAUUUUGGCGGCCGUGGUAGUGGUGGUGGUGGUGAUGAAUAUGAAGAGAAUUUAACUUUCGAUCCCAGUUUAACUAGCGAAGGGGAUGAGUGGAGGUUCUACACGAGGGUGCUAGCCAUUGCCGCCGCCAUAUCAAUCAUCGUUUGCAUACUCUUAGCUAUAGCUAAAAGUAAAAAUUUUAAAAAAAUUCAAUCCAGAAACCAGUACCAGCAGUUGAACAGUGAUGAACGCAAGAAUCUUGAAGAGAGGGAGAAGAAGAGAACGAGAGAUAAGAAUAUAAGAGAGGAUGCUAAAAAAAAAAAACUAGAAGAGCAAUUAGAGAGAAUGAGGCUGGAGAGAGACAGUGACGAAAUCGGGGAGAAAAUUAUGAGGGAUGAGAGAGAAAGAAGGAGACAAUUUUACGACAAGCUAGAAAAGAGAUACGUGGAUGGAACGCUAGCCGCGGAUAAAGGAAUGAAAAAAAAUGGCGGGAAAAUGGCUGAAAGUAGCAUGAAUGGGGAUGGGUAUCGAGCUAGCGGGGAAAUAUAUAACUCUUUUACGAAUACUCUCCUUGACUUUAGACUUCGACUUGCCAGCCUGACGUUCAGCCGAAAGUUAUUCAAUGAAUUUUAA